AUGGAGCUUUGCAACACUCUUAUCGCCAAUGGCCUGGAAUGCGUAAAAGCUUCAAACAUGGAUACCCCAGCCAGCGAGAGAAAAAGAUUCUCAGACAGUACCGAGACGGGAAUAGAGGUCGAAGGGACGGAUCUGCCUGAUUUGGCGGAAAUAACUGAGUCUCUCGGGCAAGCGAUGAUCAAGUGGUCGAACGAACUUCAUCUGAUGGGCAACACAUUGAUCGAGAGAGAGGCAAUUUACCGGGAUCCAGCCACGGGAGCACUUUUUAAGCGCCCAUUGAACCUAGCUGACAGUGGCAAGAACUUGUAUCAGAACAAUUUGGACGCGGCAAAGUACUUCGGCCCCUGCUUCAAAAUACUCAGCGAUUUUCACGUCAAUAUCACCCUUCCGCCAUCCUCUGGCGAGCGUCUCUCCACUGUCCAACUCCGCCAGGGAGAGAAUUGA